UAGGCCGCGAUCCCUGCUGGGAGGGGUGGCUUCGCGUCUUUCUGGGUUGGGAGGAGAAGGGUCUGGAUUACAUCCUGGUCCCACGACCACCCCCACCCCCACCGUGGGCCCAGCACCAUCAGAUGGGCUGACCUUCCUUAAGCCCUCCUGGGGCUGAGGACAGAGCCCGGUGGGUCAGGAGACCUUGAGGAGCUGGCAGCUGCCAUUUCUGUGGUUGAGAGCCAACCCCACGGCCCAGGGCCUUCCUUCAAGCAUCCCAGAAAGAAGGAGAUUAUACAAAUUGAUAGAAAGAUCCCAUAACAUGUAUGAACCUUAUCGACAAGGCUGGGAUAGGAUAUGAGGUGAGAAGAAUCCAAUUUCAACCAAGUAGGCGAAUCAAAAAAUAUAUAUCAUCUUAAUACUGGUUUGUGUUUAUCUUCCACACUACGGGCGAAGAUAUCUUUGACCAAUCCUCCAUCGCAGUAUGCUCCUUCUCAUCCAAUGUCACAUCACCAGGUAGAUGGACUACAAGGCAAUUGCCCAACAAGCUAACCAAGAAGUUUUAAGUUACAACCAAGACACAUCUGGCUGGAAAUUGGUUAAAGCUUCAAAAAAGAUAACUGUGUUCAGCAAGGCUUCUAGAAGAUUCCAUGGAAGUCUAUACCGUGUUGAAGGGGUAAUUCCAGAACCAACAAAUAAACUAUCUGAUUUCCUCUACCAACCUGGAAACAGAGUUAAAUGGGAUAAAUCUUUGCAAGUGCACAGCAUGGUACACAGGAUUGAUUCGGAAACAUUUAUAUGUCAUACCAUUACACAAAGUUUUGCCUUGGGCUCAAUUUCCCCCCGAGACUUUAUCGACUUAAUACACAUCAAGCACUAUGAUGGGAAUGUGGACAUUAUCAGUUCUAAUAGUGUGGAUUUUCCAGAUUAUCCUCCAUCUUCAAAUUAUAUCCGUGGUUUCAAUCAUCCAUGUGGCUAUGUGUGUUCACCUCUGAAAGAAAACCCAGCAUAUUCAAAACUAGUGAUGUAUGUGCAAACAGAAAUGAGAGGAAAAUUAACCCCAUCAAUAAUCGAAAGAACUAUGCCUUCCAACUUAGUAAGCUUUGUUCUCAAUGCAAAGGAUGGAAUAAAAUCAUACAGACCUUCAUCAGCCCAUGAACAUUACAAUAGUCAUUCAUCAUUCCAGAGGAAGAAAGGUCGUUCUUCCAUUAAAUCAUAAAGAUUUCAGACCAUGCAAACCGCUUCUAAGUCUGUGUGCACAAAUACUGUUAACUAUUCUAAACCGUAUUCUUGUACAAAUUACUGGCAACACCUUGUGAAACUGAACUUCAAUGUUGUACAAGAGAACAGCAUUAAAUAUAAUUUUUAAUCUC